UUUUAAGUCAAUAACUUGGUAAAACUCAGGCUUCAGAGCUGGGAUCAUUUUGUCUUUUUGUGUUGCAAUGAAAAUUCUUUUUUCAAAAUGGGCAGAUGUAAUGCAAUGUCUUGUAUGUCAUUCAAUAAACGUCGUGAAUACUGUUUGACGUAAUUAGUAAAUAAUCAUUAAUGAGAUAUGGGUGCUGAUAAUUGCAUUAAUUUAUAACAUGUGUGUUGUUCCUUUAAGUGACUUUUCGUAUAUGAUAUUAAUAUUAAUGGGUCGAAUAUUUUGUAUAAAGAAGUGUACAUGACAUGGCUUCAAAAUGAGGUUUCACAGACGAUGUGGUGACAGAGUCACUUUACUCCAUGACAAUACAACUGCUGUAAGGAAUUUUUUAGAAUUUAAUCAUGGUCUCAUUCUAAGUGCAGAACCCAUUUUAGAUGAUGUUUUGUUUGAAGUUUGCAUCGAUAGAAAGGUUAAUGUUUGGAAUGGAAGUCUCGAAAUUGGAGUUACCACCUUGGACCCUGAGUUUAUGGAACUACCUGCUACUGCUACUAAACUUCGUAAUACUGCAUGGAUUAUGUCCGGAAGCUCAAUCGUCAAAGAUGGAAUAACUUUGGUAAAUUCAUAUGGUCCUGAACUAGACACACUUAGAGAAGGAGAUACUCUUGGUGUUAUGAGAUCUUGUAAGGGGGAGCUGUUUUUUUAUAUAAAUGGUAGAUGCCUAGGUGUGGCUGCUUGUGAUCUACCCCCAAGAUUGUUUGCUGUCAUUGAUUUGUACGGACAGUGUGUGCAAGUAUCAAUAAUUCACACAACUGGUAUGAGAACAAUAAUGGAGAGUAGUAUGGAUCAGAUUGAGGAAGAUCCAAACAAUGAUGAUACAUUAACACCUACCGAAGAAGCCAGUGCUGUACCGGAAUCAUCGACAUCCAAGGAGCAACAGGAAGUCUAUAUUUCUAUGCCCGAUUCGUCAUCCAUCUUAGCUUCUCAUGAUCGUCUACGUUUCCAUCCUAGAUGUGGAAUUUUAGUCAAACUUUCUUCUAAUAACAAGACUGCGGAGAGAGCUCGACCAUUAGACGAUUACAACAACGGCGUCGUUAUGACGCACCGGCCGCUAUACGACAACGAGCUUUUUGAGAUUCGUAUAGACAGACUGGUGGACAAGUGGAGUGGCAGUAUAGAGGUCGGCGUGACAACCCACAACCCGGCAACCAUUCGCUUCCCGUCAACUAUGACAAACAUCGACACCGGCACUAUUAUGAUGUCGGGUUGCAAGGUGUUGCUCAAUGGACAUGGGACAUGUAUGGAAUAUGGGAACUUCAAUCUUGAUGAACUUCGGGAAGGUGACACAGUGGGUAUGCUGAGGAAGUCCACAGGCAAGCUGCACUACUUCAUUAAUGGUAUAGAUCAAGGUGUAGCGACCGAUAAAGUGGAGCAGCAAGUAUGGGGCGUCGUCGACUUGUAUGGCAUGACAGUCAAGGUAUCUAUAGUGGAUCCUUGUGAGGAUAUCGAUAGUAAUAUCAACAACAUGCCCACUGUAUCGACUGUACCCGAUCUUCCUGCUCCUAGUAGAUUCACACCGAGGAUAGAUGAAGAUAGCCUUUUAUUUCAUACGCUGCGUGAUUCGUAUGUUAUUAUUAUUAACGAUGGUAAGACUGCUCAUAGGCCUAAUGCUUUCGAAUACUUCAACAACGGCGUAGUGAUGACGAACAGAUCUCUACGUACCAACGAGUUGUUCCAAGUGCGACUCGAUCUGGUGGUGCCCAAAUGGGCUGGAAGCAUUGAGAUAGGAGUCACGCAGCACACUUCUAAUGAUAUUAAAAUUCCAUUUAAAAUGAGCAAUGCCAAAUCAGGCACUUGGGUCAUGUCCGGUGAAGACGUUAUACAGGACGCGAUGAUUAUUAUACCAAAAUACGUCAGAAAUCUGAAUAGAUUAGUGGAAGGGGACACUGUAGGAGUGAUGCGAAAAGAUAUGGGCAUUCUACAUUUUUUUGUGAAUGGAGUCGAUCAAGGGCCUGCUGCUUUUAAUAUACCAGAACACGUUUUUGGGAUCAUUGAUUUGUACGGUCGUGUGGCUCAGGCUACAAUAGUGGAUUGCUAUUCACCACCGACCACCUACUCGCCCGACUCUCCUAUUUCAACGGAGUCCAAUGCAACGAUUUAUCCCGAGAUGUGUUUCCAUCGCGUGCACGGUCGCAACGCUCGUCUGAGUCGCAGCCGGCUGACAGCGUCAAGGGCGGCGGUAUACUCGGAGUUCAACGACGCGGUGCUGUUCAGUUCGCGGCCGCUGAGAGAGUGCGACAUGUUCGAACUCAGGAUUGACUCGAUGGUGGACUGUUGGAUCGGCAGUUUGGAGAUAGGCGUAACAGCAAUCCGGCCGGACGAUCUAGAAGCGAAUGGUUUAGCUGGUACGGCGACAGAUCUUAACUGGGAUACGUACAUACUGAGCGGUGCUGCUAUGAUGAAGGAUGGGGAGUGUGUUCGUAGCGGGUACCCUCUAGAUUUGGAUACAUUGACUGUAGGCAGUAGAGUUGGUAUGAUGUGGCAUGCGGACCGCAGUCUGCACUACUACUUGGACGGUAUGGACAUGGGCAAGGCUUGGUACGUGCCACAUCUCAAUAUAUACGCCGUGGUAGAUCUUUAUGGCCAAUGUACUCAGGUGACUAUUCUACAAAAUGAAGAAAGAGCGUUCAAUUAUAACGGCUGCACAAAUUCUGACAAUUCGAUCUUGAGCAACUCAAGAGCAGUGACGUCACCGCCUCCACCUUAUUGGAGCUUCUCUGAAUACUACGGCGACAAUAUCUGCAUGUUGAAUGAUUACUCCAUCGCGUGGCGUCACUUGCCUGAUCCCAUGGCGGCGAUAGUGUUCAGCUCCACACAUCUUGCUAUUAGCGAGAUGUUUGAGAUAAAAAUCGUGGAGUGCAAGUACGGUUUCGCUGGCAGCUUCCGUAUGGGUGUAACUGAUAUCAACAUAUUGAACGCACACGUCAACAGCAGUCUGCCGCCAUCUGUCGCAUGUCUACCACACUACACGGCCUAUAUCGAUGGUAGGUAUAUAAGAUAUUCGAGGCCGGGGAGCCGUCAGCAGGAUCUCAAGGUGAUGGUGCCGUCAUUCGAGUGGCUAAGACCGGGGGAUCGUAUUGGACUCAAGAAGACCACUGACAAUAGAGUUCUCAUUUACUAUAACUGUGAACUGUUAGAGGUCGCCUUCGAGAAAGUCCCCGAUAAAGUAUAUGUGGUGAUGGAAAUCUACGGAUCGGUGUACAAGAUACAAGCAGUGACGAGAGGGAAUCCCGUAGCUGUUCUACCUCAGACGAUCCCCAACGAUGUAUGCCUGAAACCGGGAGCAGAGAAGUUAGAGCAGACGUCGAACUCAGAAUCAGAGACAAGUAGUGCGGUGACCGUCGGACCGGUUGAGAGAAGACGACGAGCCGCACUUCCAUACACCUUCCACUAUGUACACGGACGUAAUAUAAAACUAUGUAGUUCAGAUACAGUCGCUAUGCGUGUAUCGGGCUAUCAGGACGCGGUCGCUAUCGUCAGUCAGCCGCUGAGACGUGGUCACAGAUUCAGGUUCCGCGUGGACAAGAUCGACUCCAGCUGGGACGGCAGUCUGGCCAUCGGUGGCGUAGCGUGUCUCCCCGACGGCGUGCCCGAGAGCGCCAUGAGACUCGACCCGCCCGUCUGGCUGCUGUCCAGCGAUUUACACUACGAUGGAAAUAAUCUUAUAACCCAUACAACGUCUGAACUAGAAGAUAUAUGCGAACAGUCAGUGUUGACGCUCCACUUCCGGUUCAAUAGCGAGCUUGUGGUGGACAUCGACGGCGUGGUCUUAGGAGUGGUCGGCUCAGUGCCUAGGACGCAUAGCCACGUCUACCCACUCAUAGAUUUAUAUGGAAAGGUUUGUCAGGUAUCUGUACUUUUACACCCGUACACCGUGGUAUCCGGGACUUCCCUUGAUUUACCUGUGAUAGCGGAAAAUCGUAGAGAAGAAGAAUCUUUGGCAGAAUUGAAUCUAGAAACUUCACAAGACGACAGCGUUCCUAUUAUUGAACGAGUGGAUUUACAACGUCGUCGAAAAACUAAAGCAUACAGCCAAGAUAACCUUGUCGAAGUAUUUGAUCCCAUUAACGUUGAGCCCGGGCCGUCUCACCCUAGACCGACUGUUCCCGACAAUGAAAUGAAAAAUAAAGAAAUUAAAAGUAUUACUCCCGUUCGUACCAUGCAUCACAGUCUUAUCCUCAAUCAUUCCAAUGACAACAAGGAUUUGUCAUUUCGAACCGUACAGAGAAGUCAUUCUAGUCACGAUUUUUGUCGCAUGUCUGAUUCAAUGGACGUUAGAGAUGCUCUCCGGCUUACAUUCAUCACGGGCUGCCAGGACGACGAUCAUGAAUUACAUGAUCAGUUCUGCGACACUAAUAUAAGACACAAUGAUCGCUACCCAGAAGCGAAUGAUGUUGAUAAUCUAGAUAAUGAAAUUAUGGAUGCAUUAACACUGGAAACGGGCAACUUGCCAGAUUUAACCGAAGAGCAAUCAUCAUCGAUAGACGAAUCCACUCGUCGCGAUGAUUUAUAUUCGGAGCCAUUGUCUAUUGAGAAUUUAAACUAUUUGAAUCGUAUAUUAUGUUUGGAUCAGGACGGUUUCGAGGGUCAGAGUCUGGAGAGCGAAUGGGAAGCUUUUGGUGAAGGUUGUGAGCAUCUACAUUUAGUGUUGAAGUACUGGAAUUACCUUGUUCUACCUUAUCCGGAAUUGCGUCAAGCAGUCUCUUGGGGUCAAGUCCGAUGUUAUUGCAGCAACUGUCAGCCUGAUGCCCAGCCCCCACUAGCUGGGUGGGUUCGUAUAGAGCGUAUAGACGGGGUUGGUGCGGCCACACGAGGCUGGUGGCACGUGACGCGAAGUACACUCGGCGCGGCCCAGGCUCACCGCAAUGACGUCAACCCGGCUAAGAGACCGCGAGCACUCGCUCCAGCACCGACCAGCGGAUCACUUGGUGACAUAUGGCUGGAUGAAGAAGGGAAACCUCAUCAUACGAUAUUGGCUAUAGAAAUUGACAUCGAAGGAAAUGAAGCUGAGAAAGAUCGACUUUUAGCUUUCUUAAUCCACAUGAAGUCACAUGCAGUUUUCGUCGAUGAUAAUCCUUCUAGUAUAGAUGAAUAAAUAAAACAAACCACAAUAUUUAAAAAGUAAAGACGAAAUGUUACAAGCAGAAGGUCCUAAGUGCCUAAACUUCAGAGUACUACUUAAGUGGGAUAAUUUGAACUAAGUUUAGGUAGGGCCUCAAUAAGUGAUUUCAAUUAAAAAAACACAAAGCUUUUAAAUAAACCUGAAAACUAAACAUAAUAUGUAUGCUUAAUAUUAUUUCAAUUUAAAGCAAGGCUCUAAACAGCUUAUUAUAUUUUAAAGUGUAAUUUUGUUUUAUAAUUAAUGUAUUUAAUAAUUUUAAGUUAACUUAUGCUCUUGCUAUUCAAAUACUCAAGGUGAAUGCUUGUUUAAGGAGAAAUUUAAACACAAUAUUUAUUGUACAGCCUAUGUAAGUGUUUUUAGUAGUAUUUAAUAUUCAUGAAUUUAAUGACAUAGAAAUUUAUUAUGGAAGUUGAGGUUGAGAAGUUUUAUGAAAUACUUAUGUAUACAUCUUUGUUUUAUAAAAAUAUGAUAUAUUGGUAAAUGUGUUACAAUUGCCAAUACCUUAAAUUGCUUACAAUAAAAUGGCUUUUUACAUAAAAUGUAUGUAUCCUAAAAUUCUAAGUUACACAUUUUGGUGUGUUUUUUAAAAUUAAAGUAUAUAAAAUUUUGUAAGAUUCUAUUAUAACAAUGUUUUCUAUUCUUUGACUUUUAUAUUCCAAAGAAUAAAUUUAAUAAUAUAGAAGUAAUUUAAUUCAAUUAUAUAUUUGUUUUUAAUUUAUUUUAUGUUAAAUGAAAAUGUAUGAUUUAAUUCAACUGCUACGUUUUUAUAAUAUGUACAAGAUAGAUUCUGCUGAGCCUUAGAGUGAUAUUCAAUAACUUUUAAACUUGUAUUAUAAUGUCACCUAACAGUAUUUAGUGCGCGUGCUAGCACUCUUUAGAUCUCAUAUUGGAAUAUAGUGAUAUUAGUUAUAUUUUGUUGAUUUAUGUUCCCAAUUUUUGUUAUAUAAAACUUUAAUACAUCACAUGUGCAACUUUAACAUUUAAAUCCAUUACAAUGUCAAAAAUAUUAAAUUUAUUAAAAUAUACUUCAUACUUAUUUUCAGACAGCUUGUCUCUGAAUCAUCAUAUUUGAACAUUUUUUAUGCAAUAUAUCAUAAAUAUAUGUAUAAUAUUAUACUUUUUAUAAUUACAGUGUUCCUACUUUUAGUGGUACAUUACAUUUAAUUGAUUACAUGAUGUUUUGUUUAAAAUAUUGUGUAACAAAACCUAUAUUAUAUGUUUUAUGUGUAAUUUGUGUAUAUCUUAUAUGUAUAUCAAUAUUUGAGAAAACAAUGUAGUAACUAAAUUACAAUAUAUAUCUGAAUAAGCAACAUUAUCAACCAGUGGAGGGUCAAUGUUUUUAAUACUAUAUUACAUAUUAUAUAGUCAAGAUAAUAAAUAAGAUAGUAAAUUUGCUGUUUCUCUUAGUACUAAUACAGUGAAUGGAGUUGUGAAUAACAAUAUAAAUAUUGGAAAACAUGAUUUGAUCAUUGGUCUGUAAUUCUAGUCAGAUUUUUAAAUAUUCGAAUGAAAUAAAUUUGCCUCAUAAUAACUAGUUGAGAUGUAGUUAAUUUUUUGAGUAAUCUUAUAAUAACCUUUAUAAAAUCUUUAUAACUCUAUGCUGAAUCCGAAUCUAGUUUUAAUACAUGCAAAUUAUUUUGUGAUCUGCCUGUUAAUAUUUUUUUUUGCCAUAUUAUGGUAUCAUAAUUUUCAUUCUAGAUUUGUCGAGCUUGUUUAAAUUUCAACGAAUAUAUCUUCCAGAUGAGAACAAUAUUAAUAUUUUCUAUGUUUGUAUUAUAGUUUUAAUGUUUUAUAUACUUCACUGCAGCUGAUGUAGAUUAAGAACCUUAAGUUCUCCUGUAUUCAAUUUGUAUUUAGCUCAGUAACACAAAAUACUGAGGAUUUUUUGAAUAAUUUUAAUUUUUUUUUUCUUUUUUAAUUUUAGCAGCUGUUUUUAGUGCUAGAUUUUUGAUUGUAUUUUACCAUUCAUAGAUGUUACAGUUAGUAAAUGUACUAAUACUUGUAUUGUAUUACAAGGUAUAAAAAUUAAUGUAAAACAUUCAACCCUGUAUUUAUUUUACGUUUAUCAAUAACAUACAAGGGCGAGAUGUUUGAAGCACAUGAUAUGUAAUAAAAAUAGUGUUGAAAAUUA